UGUUGUUUUAGUGCCUCGAUGAAAAAGAGUUAACAAAUGCAUUAAACAGUGCUUUGGAAAUUGGAUAUCGGCAUAUUGAUACUGCUGCUCUUUACAAUAACGAACAUAUCAUUGGAAAAGUAUUGGAAGAAUGGUUUAAAUCUGGAAAAUUAAGAAGAGAAGACAUAUUUAUAACUACCAAACUCUCAUUCUAUAAUAAUGAUCCGAAUUUAGUUGCAUCCUGUUUAAAAGAAUCCCUAGCAAAAUUAAGAUUGGAUUAUGUUGAUCUAUAUUUAAUACAUAUGCCAAUUUACAUUAAAAAAGAUGAGAACGGUCAACCUAAUCAAUUAUUACCCACAGAUUUAAUCGGUCUUUGGAAGAAAAUGGAGGAACAAGUUGAUGCUAAGAGGACCAGAACCAUCGGUGUAUCUAAUUUCAGCAUUGAACAAAUAGAGAGAAUUAUGCAAAAUUCUAGAAUAAAACCAGCGAAUACUCAAAUCGAAAUGCACAUCUAUAACCAACAGAAAGAAUUACGAGAAUACUGUGACAAAAAUCGCAUUGUUAUUGUGUCUUAUGCAACCUUAGGAUCUCCGAAUUCUUCGCAAUAUUUCAAAGAUAUUGGCAGAAAAAUAGACAGAGAACAUUUCAACAUACCCAACAUCCUUGCAGAUCCAAUUGUUACAAAAUUGGCUCAAAAAUAUAAAAAAAGUACAGCUCAAAUUGCACUAAGAUAUGUAACACAAAAAAACGUUGUUGUUAUCCCCAAAAGCGUUAAGCCUGAGAGAUUGAUAGAAAACUUCAAUAUUUUUGAUUUCAAACUGGACAUCGAGGAUUUGAAAGCCUUGGAAAGUUUGGAUAAGGGGGAGGAUGGAAUAUUAUUUUUUUGGACACAUAUUACACCUAAAAUUAUCCAUCAUCCAGAGUUUCCUUACAAAAAUACUAGGAGAUGUUUGGAAAUGUCCUCAUCCUUUAUUUAGAAGUGUACUGUUUCUAAAAAAUCAAUUAAUAAGUUAAUUUUGAUCAGAAACUGCUAAUACUAUGGCAAAAUAAAUAUUUUUAAAGCAUAGGAAGAUUUGGAAGAAAUCUUGAACAAAAGAUGAAGGGGUUGACGUUUCAUAUUGUGUUUAGUCGUUUUCUACAUAUUUGUAAUAUAUCAUUCAAAUUUAUAGCUCAGGUCCGAAGAUUAUUGAAAAAAAUUAUUAAAAAUUGAAUUUUUUGUCAUUAAAUUAAAAAUUUUUUAACAAAAAACAAGUUUUAUAAGUAGUCUAUUAUUCUAAGAUAAAAAAAUAUUUUUUGUGAAUAAUCUUUAUACAACUUAAUGAAUGGAAUGUAUUUCUAAGAUUAGGCCCCAAGCAGCACAGUGUCGUUACUAUGACGUCAAUUAUAGGCCAUUGGCGACCAAUGGGGACGUCUAAAAUGACGUGAUUAUGACGGGUUAAUGUCACAUCCUACAGACGUCAACUAAUGACGUACCUAGUCCGGCUGGUGAGACGUCAAAAUGACGUACUUACUUUUGACAAAUGACGUAUAAGUAGGAUCAAAAAUAUAAAAAAAUGCGUUCAAAUUAAUACCAGUUUAUUACAAAAUCUUAAAAAACUACAUACUAUUACACUUAUAGAACAUAAAAGUUGAAAUAAGGAAUUACUAAUGAUGCAAUAAUGAAAAUGACAACCAUUCCUGCUUGAAAGGAAAAACAAUACAUUUCGAAAAAACUUUGUGGCAGUGCAAUAACUCGAUAUACUCUGAUAAAUUUUGGAUGCGAUAAACAUAGAAUUCUUUUGAGUCGACAGGGUAUUUGUAAAAUGAACGGUAAUCCUGAAACCUCCUACCUAAUAUAAAAACUGCUCCAUUAUUAUCCACUACUAUAUUUUCUAUUUUGAAAACCAGUCCUUCUAAGGUAAGACAAAAACAA